CUAUACUCUUCAGGCGUUGCUUAGCAACCAAAUGCAAACAUUCUGCUUAUGUUUAGAGUGACAGUAUUUAAUAAGUUUCUUGUCUGUAUUGUAAUUAACUCUUGGAAAUAUGUCAUACAGAGAUAUUCGAAACUUUUUGGAGAUGAACAGAGCCUUGGGUUUUCACAGCCUGAUUUCUGUUGAAAGUUUCCGAAAGGCCAAUUUUCCACUCGUAGCUGAGUUGCUGGUCUGGUUGGUGAAACGUUUCGAUUCUGAUGUUAAUAUUCCACUUCAGAUCAGUACUGAAGAUGAGAGGGUUCAGUUGAUUAGGAAUGUGGCUCAGUUCAUGGCGAUGAAGGCUAAUAUAAAACUAAACACGAAGAGAUUAUAUCAAGCGGACGGGUAUGCAGUGAAAGAGCUUCUGAAAAUAACAUCGCUGUUAUACGACGCAUUGAAUGUUAAGAUUGACGAUAAGGACGACAAUUUCAAUAGGGACAACAUAGACAUGAGGGAAUUCGACAUAACAGAUAAAGUUGGAGAACUGAAACUUUCACGCCAGCUAGCGUCAGAAAUCACAACUACAGGCGCUUCUCUAUUUGAAUUGCUUGGUAAGGAGGUAGAUUUGAGGGUGCACAGACAGAAGAGUAUAUCAAGGCAGUUUGAAAUAACAGAAGUAGAAGGUGGAAUAAAGAAAGCAAUCGAAAUGAUAAACGGAGACAUCAAAGAAACUACAGAAUUAAUAAAUAAUAUUUCGGCAACAGAAUCAAAUCUGGACUCGAAAAUUGAAAGGAGAAAAGUGGAAAUCGAUAGAUAUGAAAAGAGGUUACAAACCUUGAAGAAAGUCCGUCCAGCUUUCUUGGACGAAUUCACCGCAUUAGAAAAGGAAUUAGAAGAACUUUUCCGCCAAUAUUCAACCAAGUUGAGGUGUUUGAACCAUCUCGAGAAACUUUUCUCCGAAGUUGAAAGGGCCCAUUAUGAGAAGCAGCUGAUGUUGUCUUCGCCGAGAAUAGAGACCAUUCCUUUCGAUGAUAAGAUCGAUCCAAAUCAUGAAUUUGAUGAUGAAGAGUUCGAACAAGGGGAGAAGUUCCGCAUGAAACAAGAGAGGCCCCGAGCUGGAACUGGAGGUCGUAGCAGGAACGAGAAGCCCAGAGCUUUUGGCGAAAUGCAACCACCAAGAUCCAGAAGUGCUUCAUCGCUUGACCUGAGCAGCGAUUCUGAAUCUGACGACCUUUUCUUAGAUAAAGAUGAGCCGGAGUUGAUGAAUUCCGAAGAUGAGUCUUUAGCGUUCGAGAUUUCAGCUAAGGAAAAGAAAGCGCCUUCAAGAAUAUUGACUGCGAGUAAGGCGGCACUUCAAACCAACAGCGAUGAUGAUUUUUGAUCGAUAAGUUUGUAUAUUCUUUUUUUUUUAAU